AUGGGAUCGAAUGAAAAUCUUGAAACUGACGCGGAUGGAGACGGGAAUUCACACAAAGUGGCGGAGAAGCCAGCAAAACUGGUGGAGCCACCAAAGCAAGACUACAUCCAUGUACGAGCAAGAAGGGGUCAAGCUACUGAUAGUCAUAGUUUAGCCGAAAGAGCAAGGAGGGAGAGGAUAAGUGAGAGGAUGAAAAUUCUCCAAGAUUUAGUCCCCGGUUGUAAUAAGGUUAUUGGCAAAGCACUAGUUCUUGAUGAGAUAAUUAAUUAUGUACAAUCUUUACAGCGUCAGGUCGAGUUUCUUUCAAUGAAGCUUGAAGCAGUGAAUGCAAGAGUGAAUCCUGGGGUUGACGGAUUUUCUUCAAAAGAUAUAUCUCUGCAGACAUUUGAUAAUCCUGGCAUGGGAUUUGAUUCACAAGCCGCAAGAAAAAAUGAUAGGAAUACACCACCAGAAUGGUCUCAUAUGCAGAUAGGUGGCGCAUUUGAAAGAACGUUGUGUGGACUGCUGCAUCCCUUGGGGGACUUUCUGAAGCUAAUUUCAUAA